UAAAAUUUCUUUCGUUGUAUAAAAUUUUAUAUAAAAUUUAAGCUUAUUUGAUGUAAUAUUCUUACACAAUGUGAAAAUGUUUACAAUAAAAUUUAACGACAAUUGUACGACAAAUUUAUUGAUCGAGAAUACUAACAUCGAGUAGUAGUCAAUGACACUAGGUGACAAUAUUUGUCACUCGUAUUAUGUUUACUGGGAAUAGUGUAAAAAUUGUAACAGGAGUAAUUCAAUUUCUUAACUGUAGCAAAAAUUAAUUGUAGUUACUAUGGGAAAUCUUUUUCUAUCUUGUUGUAAAGGAUCAUCUUCGUGUGAAGAUUUAACACCAGAUUUGGAAAUGAAAAGAAGAAAACAGAUGGAAGCUGCAGAAAGAAGAAUUGCUGAACAACAGAGUCGAGGUAUUAAAAAUAUUGAGGCUGUUAAAAGGCAAGAAAGAUUAGAUCAGUUACGUGAAAAACGUCAAGAAGAAGUUGGGAAUAGGAAUGUGCAAAGUAAUUUGAGGUGGCAAGUAAGUUAAUGGCAGAUUUGGAUUUGGCUGCAAUAUUAAGAUUUUCAAAAAUAUACAAGAGAUUUCUUUUCAGCUUUGCUUGUGUAUA